AUGUCAAGCAAAAAGAACGUGUUGUUGAUGGUCGCCGAUGACCUCGGGAAGCAGCUCAGCUGUUACGGGGCAUCAACUAUCCACACACCCAACAUCGACCACCUCGCUGGGCAAGGUACCCGAUUCGAAUACGCUUUUGCAAGUACUGCGUCCUGUAGCGGUAGUCGCUCCGUGAUAUACACAGGCCUUCAUACCCACCAGAACGGCCAAUACGGACUUGCCAGUCACCGCCAUCAUUUCGUCACGUUCGAUCAUGUUGAGACAGCACCCCAGCUGCUGAACCAAAACGGAUAUCGGACAGGAAUACUAGGAAAGAUACACGUUGGACCUUCCGCUGUUUAUCCCUGGGAGGUCACGAAGGAAAGCGAAACACGGGACGUGGCUGUGAUCGCCGAUCAAGCAAAUGAGUUCUUCCAAGAGUCCCAGGCAGACGAAAGACCCUUCUUCUUGACGAUUGGCUUCCAUGAUCCGCAUCGCGAUCGCACAAGGGGUGGAUUUGGCAAUGACCAAACAUAUGACUCCCGAAUCAAGAAGGGAAGCUACAAUGCUGACAAUGUCGAGAUUCCUUCCUUUAUUAACGAUUCUCCCGGUGCGCGCUUUGAGUUGUCUGAGUACUACAAUUCAAUCCAUCGCCUGGAUCAGGGUAUCGGAUUUGUUUUGGAUGCUCUAGACGCGGCUGAUUUGGCCGAAUCAACUCUUGUCAUCUUCAUAAGCGACAAUGGCCCACCUUUCAUUAACUCCAAGACAACUCUUUUCGACGCAGGGGUUAGAUUGCCUCUCAUUAUUAGAGAUCCAAAGAUACAGCCGGCGGUCAACUCUGACAUGGUCUCAUAUGUCGAUAUUCUCCCCACGGUGCUUGACUAUGUUGGGCACCCAGGCGUAGUGGAUUCAACAAAAAAGCGCCUUGGUCACUCAUUACUUCCUAUCCUUGGAAGCAACACGAAGAUAUCGGAGCGAAAUCAAGUCUUCGGCUCACAUACUUUCCACGAAGUCACAAACUACUGGCCCACAAGAUUCAUUCGAGAUCGACGCUACAAAUACCAUCGAAACCUCGCGUGGCGCCUGGAUUUCCCUUUCGCAGCAGAUCUCUAUGGCUCUCUUUCCUGGGAGGAUAUUCGGAACUCAUCGGAUAGUGAGAUUAUGAUCGGGGAGCGGAAACUGAAGGAUUACUUCUUCCGCGCCCCGGAAGAACUAUAUGACUUGGAAAACGAUCCAAAUGAAGUUACCAAUCUUGUCAAAGAUCCGAAUUAUGCUGCUGUACUCGAUGAUCUGAGAACAAGAUUGGAAACAUGGCAGCGACGGACAGAGGAUCCUUGGCUGUACCGGGAUGGGGUGUCGACAUGGUUUAUCCGGUAUCAUUUCCCCGCUGGUCUGAAGGUUCCAGAUCGGUUAGACUUUGAUGCAGAGCGGCCCGGAAAUCAAAAUGAGAAGCAUUUUGCGGGGAACGUGUCCUGGGGCGCUGAUGUUGAUCAGUUCAAUGGAGAGAACAUUGCUUGA